AUGCGCCAGGAAGAGAUCCAUGGCGACGCGUCAGCGAGAAUUCAACACGACCGAAGGGAGCCAUGCGACGCACCAGCGGGAAUACACGACUCCCCGAGUGAGCCAUACAGCGCCGCUGCAUACAGGCCGGCGCCUGCGCCGCGCCCGGGCAAGCCUCUCCGUCUCGCCACGCACUCGACUUUCGGAUCGUUGCGCCCGCCCCGCCCCGCCGCGAGCCCGCCCGGGUCUGUCUUCACUGACUAUCCCGAAAACGCACGCAUCCCACUCCCGAGGCUCACGCGCGGGGCACGGAGCGCGCACUGUGCAGAGCGGAGGCAAACCACUUUCCACGUCCGCGCUGGCGCUCCCUCUGGAGGCGUCCUGGCUCCCGUGGCUCGCACCGCGCGACUCGCAUCCGCAGGUAGUGUACCUGUCGUCGCGCGUAUUAUUGCGUGUCCCCUACCUGUUACCCGCCCCUCGUCCCCUCGUCCCCCCCCCCCCCGCUUCACAGCGCAACCUACACAGACCCCGGUGGCAUCCCCGCAUGCCAUCCACCGCCCGCGCGUGUCAUCCCCCGACUCGCACCCGCGGCAUCCUCCAACUCGCACCCGCGACAUGUUGUCGCUCGCGGCUGCGUCCCCCUCUGACUCGCAUCCGAGGCGGCGUCUUACGCGGCAGAUCGUGGCAGAUGACGCAGGCGCAAGAUGCACGGGCGGACGGCGCCGCCGGCACUCACGGCCACGACACCCAGGCCACAUGCACCCCCGACGCUGCGGACCGGACGAGGCUCUCGCGCCUGAUUCCCAGCGAGGGUGA